GUUGUCUGGAUCGCACAUACCUGAACCAGACUCACGGUGCACAUCUGGUGGCAGCUCACCAGCGGGCGUGGGGGUACAUGUUGGAAGCAACCUGCGGCACGGACAUUGAAGAACGGUUGGGUGCUUGCGACUGCGUCCCUGAGGCGUGGAGCGUGAUCCACGAAUGGCUGUUGCCUACUCUUGACGCUGAGAAGACGUUGCUUGUGAGGCGACUUGAGACGAUUGAGAUGCAUCCCGGCGAGGACCCGAAACUCUUCUUCGCCAGAGUAGACGGAGUGAUCAACAUCAUGAAAGCUGUCGGCAUCGAAAAAUCUGAGCGGGCUAUCGUGCACAUCAUUGUCCGCCAGCUUGCGCACGAGUACGAUAUCGAACGCAAGUCCAUCCUGGCCGACCCCACCAUUUCCCGAGCGAAGGUGGAAAACGUUGUUCGCGCGGCAUACGCCAACAAGGUCAUGAUGAAGGAAUUGGGCAAAGCGCAGGCGGCACCGGCGGCAGCGGUGACGGUUGGUGGGCUUGGGUCCGGUCAUGGUGGCCACGGUCAGGGGGGACUACAACGGCGGUGGCGGCAACAGCGGGAGCAGCAGCAGUGGCACGUGCCCGUCGGUGACGGAGAGGGUCUCAACGCGAAUGGCAACGACGCUAUGCCGCACCAGCAGCGGAAGCGACGACGCUGGAGGAGGCAAAGGCAUCGACAGGAGGCGCUGCUCCCCGUGUUUGCAGCUGGCGCGGUGGCAUGGGGAACAGUACCUGCGGCAGGAGCGGCGACCGUUGAUGGUGGUUUCCCCACUACGGUGGCGGGGGGAACGGUCGGGGGGCAGGCGCUCGCGGCGGGAGCAGCGGCAUCGACGGCAGCACCGGCGGCGAGAGCGGCGACCCCCGGCAGCAGAAUCUUCCCCGCGGCGGCGGCAGGGGAGACGGCCGGGGCGCAGGCACUCGCGGCGGGAGCAACGGCAUGGACGGCAGCACCGGCGGCGAGAGCGGCGACCGCCGGCAGCAGAGUCUUGCCCGCGGCGGCGGUGUGGGAGCCGGUUGGGACGCAGGGAAUUGCGGCUAAAGCGUCAGCAGCGCAAGAGCCGGAGGACGAGUGCGAUGAGGAUAGCUGUUGGUUGGGCCAUGGCGACGAAGGUGGCAACAGUAGCGACGGCAGCGGUGACGGCGGCAUCGGGGCGUUGUCCGCCGGUGCAAGGCAUCCCGGCGCCCAUCCGACCGUGAGCAAUGGCAUCUACGUCGUGCGGGACGAUGGGGGGUAAUGCCAGGAAGGGAGGAUCGAUCGUGGCAGAAGUGUGCGGCAUGAAGUGAGAGACUUGGUGAUCGGGAUCUCCAAAGG